AUGGGAACCUUUGGCCUCAGGGUAUCCUUUUGGCUAGCGAUGGUUGGAUGCGUGAUCAGUGAUAAUCCUGAGAGACACGGCACAAAUCUAAGUGAUCAUGUGGACGAUUUCACCACUCUUCGUGGGACCGAGCUCAGCGUCCUGGUUACCACCCACCGACCCACUAAUUUGGCCCUACCCAGCAAUGGCUCAAUGCACAACUACUGCCCACAGCAGACUAAAAUUACUGCAGCCUUCAAAUACAUUAACACUGUGAUAUCUUGUACUAUUUUCAUCGUGGGAAUGGUGGGGAAUGCAACCCUGCUAAGGAUCAUUUACCAGAACAAGUGUAUGAGGAAUGGCCCCAACGCGCUGAUAGCCAGCCUUGCCCUUGGAGACCUAAUCUAUGUGGUCAUUGAUCUCCCUAUCAAUGUGUUUAAGCUGUUGGCUGGGCGCUGGCCUUUUGACCACAAUGAUUUUGGCGUAUUUCUUUGCAAGCUGUUCCCCUUUUUGCAGAAGUCCUCAGUGGGGAUCACCGUCCUCAAUCUAUGUGCUCUUAGUGUUGACAGGUACAGAGCAGUUGCCUCCUGGAGUCGUGUUCAGGGAAUUGGUAUUCCCUUGAUCACUGCCAUCGAAAUUGUCUCCAUCUGGAUCCUGUCCUUUAUCCUGGCCAUCCCUGAAGCAAUCGGCUUCGUCAUGGUGCCCUUUGAAUACAGGGGUGAACAGCACAAAACCUGUAUGCUUAAUGCCACAUCAAAAUUCAUGGAGUUCUACCAAGACGUCAAGGACUGGUGGCUGUUCGGGUUCUAUUUCUGCAUGCCCUUGGUGUGCACGGCAGUCUUCUAUACCCUCAUGACUUGUGAGAUGUUAAACAGAAGAAAUGGCAGCUUGAGAAUUGCCCUCAGUGAACAUCUUAAACAGCGUCGAGAAGUGGCAAAAACAGUUUUCUGCUUGGUUGUAAUCUUUGCUCUUUGCUGGUUCCCACUUCAUUUAAGCCGAAUUUUGAAGAAAACUGUGUAUGAUGAGAUGGACAAGAACCGAUGUGAACUGCUUAGUUUCUUGCUGCUCAUGGAUUACAUCGGAAUAAACUUGGCAACCAUGAAUUCAUGUAUAAACCCAAUAGCUCUAUAUUUUGUGAGCAAGAAAUUUAAAAAUUGUUUCCAGUCUUGCCUCUGCUGCUGCUGUUACCAGUCCAAGAGCCUGAUGACUUCAGUCCCAAUGAACGGAACAAGCAUCCAGUGGAAGAACCAUGAACAAAACAAUCACAACACGGAGAGGAGCAGCCAUAAGGACAGUAUAAAUUAAUAUUCCUUCAAAUCCUGUUGGAGAAAAAUCUCACUGCAGCUGUGUCCCCGGAAAUCUCUGAUCCUUCUUCUCCCUUCACUGAGCCCCAUUCCUGGGGGUGGGGUGGAGAGGGGCAGCAGGGGAACGCUUUCCCAAAUGUCAGAGACUGGAUGCGUUAUACCCACAGACUCCAUGACCCUUACUUCUUUCGUCUGAUGUGCAUGUUCCACAUAUUGUAUCCAACACUAAAACAUGGAGGGAGCUGGGGAUGGGGGGAGAGACCUAAACGAAAUCAGAAAGAUACUAUUUUUGCAAGAAAAUAGAGUUCCAAGUACAUAUUAGCUUUCAUGAGAGUUCUGUGGAACAUUCCAUGAGAACUUGGUCACCACAAAAUUUUAGAGAUUAUGACAAGAUUUUGUAUUUUUUUAAGUGAUUUUUUUUUGGCCAAAUGCAGUAUGGGUUUAAGCCACAUUUAUUAGAAGUAUCAUUUAGUGCCAGUAUUUUUAAACUGCAUAAUAGCAUAAAAAUGAUUAUUUGAGUUUAUUUACACACAUUUUGCCAACAAAAAAAAGAUAAACAGUAUUCGGGUGAGCAAUUAGGGUAGCAUUUCUCAAGUCACUGUUUUGUGUUUAAAGCAUGAAUUCUAAAGCUGCAACAAAUGCAGGCACUUAAAGCACAGACUGAUAACCACAUAUGGCAGUUUAAUAGCUGCUAUUCUAUAAAUUUAUAAGACUAUAUUUUAUUUUUUAGUACUCUUUCAUUAUAAGAGAACUUGAAACCUAUUUUUAUGUCAAAUUCAGAAAUAAUGCUUGACUCACCUAGUUCUAUUUUUUACAAGCCCAAUCUUUUUUUUUAAACAUAACUUUUAAAUAUGAAAUCAAUAUCAUGUACCAAAAUUUAAAUGCACGUGUCUUUUCUAUGCCUAAGACUUUCAGUGCAACACAUAGAAGUCCAGAGCACACCUCAGAGAAAAAGGAUUGAAUAUUUUCAGAAACUUUGGAAAUUUUCAUUGGGUUUCUUUGUAAUAGUAGCUCUUAUAUAUGUAUGUGUGUGCCUAUAUAUACACACACACACAUUAUGCAUAUCACCUCAUAUUCUCUUGAUUUCUCUUAAAAUGUUAAAUGACACUAAGACUUUAUCAGUCAUUUCCUUUUCCAUAUAGGAAACAUAAUUUCAAAAUGGCCGUCUGAGUUCAUCAUGCCAAGGAAAUAUAAUUACCCCCAAAUGUCACCCUCACUUCUCUGGGUUUCCAAUAUGAACCUAAAUCCUCCCACAUGCCUCCCAUGGUCACCAUUUCAAAGGGCCCACAGUGACUUUUGCUGUGCAUUUUCCCAUAUGUUUACAGACUGUGAGUACAGCAGAAAAUCUUACUGUAUAUAUCUAUAUAUAAUGUAAAAAUAUUUGUAAAUUUCUGUUAGCCAAUUUUCCUGUGAUUGUCUCUAUGGAAUGUACUUGUGUGUGUAAUAUAUGCAUGUGUGUGAUGAUAUAUAUGGAUUUAAGGUAAUCUAAUAAUACCAUCCUUUAGUUGUGCCAAAGCACAUACUCUGAGUGGAAUCUAGGUGAUUUUUCAUCAUGAAACCAGCCUCAAUCAGUUUAACAUACCAGAAUCGUCUGUGUUCAUCAAUCUUAUAACCUGUUACGAUUAAAAUUGAAUACAGCAGGCAGAUAGCCAAAAGCCAUGGCUUAACAAUAAGGUUUUGUUUGGUUUCUCAGUUGGUUGGUUUGAUGAAGCAGUAUUUUGAGUUGUAUUGUUUCCCGUGUUGGAGCAAAAGUCAUUACACUUUAAAAUAUUGCAUUGUUCUAAUCCCAACUCAGUCGACAAAUGGCCUGAUGUUUCUGUCAGACUUCACCAGACAGAUUGCUGCUGAUGAUAAAAUAGCUAAACUCGUUUGUUUGGCUACACUUUAGCAGUCACAUUUAAAAUUAUUUCAGGUGCUGGCUGCUUGAAUUGCAGGGCUAAGAAGUACUGUUCCUUUAUAUGUCAGCAGCCGAAUUCCACUACUUCACUGGUGCCUCACAUACAGUGAUAUAUGCCUAUUAUAUAAGCUAUAGAUGCACACCGUUUUGUUUAGAACAUUGUCUGUUUUUAAAGAUACUUUGUUUCUUGCAUAUGAAAAAUGCAUUUUGUAAGUUCAGAGAGUGAUACAUUUCUGAAUAACUACAAAGGCUUCAGUGUACAUGUUGUUUAUUGACUGGUAAGUGACCAUGGUUUACUAGUGGGAUCAUUUCCAAUCUCUACCUUUAUCACAUAUUUCUAACAAGUAAACCUGUAAAAAUGAGCCAGAAGUCAAGGCCCUGCUUUGGUAGUGGCCUGUAAGUGUAAAAUAAAAGAUAACAGAAGCCUCC